CAGAAAGAGGGAAAAACAGAGAGACGUCAGAUGCGAUCUAUAAAUCACCUGUAGGUACUUAUAUAGAAACACACAGACUACUGAUAUCGAAUAGUACGAUUAAUUAAACUUCAAUGUUGUAACACAAGUAAGGAUGAUCAUGCGUUUAUGUCUGAACUCUGUAAAAUUUAACGACUUAUAAUGGAAAUCUCGUGCCUGGAAUGUCGUUAGUGUACAAGCUGGAAAAGUGACUCGACGUCGAUCGCUUAUUGGGUUGUUGUAAUACAGUGAAAUUAUGAUGGAUCAUGACACUCAGUGGCUGUACCAGAUCCUUGCUGAGGUGCAGCUGGAGAGAUUUUAUUUGAAGCUGCGCGAUGGACUCAAUGUGACGCGUAUUGAACACCUCAAUUACGUUAAAGAAGCAGAUCUUGAACAUAUUGGCAUUAGUAAACCAGGACAGCGACGAUUAUGGGAAGCUGUCAAACAGUAUAAAAGCAACGUGCGACCACGAUCAUGGAUGGUCAAAGUUUUUAAUGGUCGUACCCAGGAGGGAAAUGACCAGAAUAAGGGUGUUGGACCUGGCCAGGGGCCAGACACAGGACGUGCUCUCCCCUGUCUUAUUCAGGACAGUGAACUGGUCUUUGGGGAGAAGCUGGGCUCAGGUUCCUUUGGUGUUGUUAGAAAAGCAGAAUGGUUUACACCAACUGGACGAGUGAUUCCCGUAGCAGUGAAAACAUUGAGGAGUAACUCAUCGAGGUUGGGAGAAAUGGUGACAGAUUUCCUCCAGGAAGUUACAAUCAUGCAGUCUCUUGACCACCCCAACAUUAUACACCUCUAUGGUGUUGUCCUUACUCAGCCCCUUAAAAUGGUAACAGAGCUGGCUCCUCUCGGUUCUUUAUACGACACACUGCGUCUGCGGCAGGGAUUUUACCCCCUGUUACGACUCUGGCUCUUCAGCACACAGAUUGCUGCGGGUAUGGAGUAUUUAGAGUCCAGGCGGUUCAUCCACAGAGAUCUUGCUGCACGUAAUGUGCUCUUGGCUUCUAAAGAGUUAGUGAAGAUCGGAGACUUUGGACUGAUGAGGGGCUUGGAUCAGGAAAGGGAUCACUAUGUCAUGACGGCGCACAGACGUAUUCCCUUUGCAUGGUGUGCUCCUGAGAGUUUACGUGUGGGUUCUUUCUCUCAUGCCUCUGAUGUCUGGAUGUUCGGUGUCACGUUAUGGGAAAUGUUCACUUACUGUGAAGAGCCCUGGUUGGGGCUCUAUGGCAAACAGAUAUUAUACAGUGUAGAGCGUGGUGAUCGGUUGGAGAGGCCACAAGACUGUCCGCAGGAGAUAUACUCUGUGAUGCGUAAAUGUUGGGCCUGUAGUGCUGCUGAUCGACCGACCUUCUCACAGCUCACAACCAUGGUAGCUGAGGCACAGCCUAUGGAGCUUCGUGCAGUGAAAGAAUUUACAGACCCUAGAAAACUCUCUCUACAGCCGAAUGAUCUAAUCACUGUAAUAGAACAUGGGCAGGACAUAUCUGAGUGGAAGGGGCAAAACCAGAGAACUCUGGGUACUGGCUGGUUCCCUCCAGCAUUGGCAGCGCCCUCUCUUACAGCAGUAACUCCUGUGUCCAGUUCUGCUCUGAUCUCUCCUCCUGUGCGAGGCAGUCUACAUCACGCUGGCCACGGAGAUAGUGAUCCAGCACGGAGCUGGGGCACCCCAGAACGGUUAAAUGACACUGGAAAUUGGGGGAUUCCAUCAACAAAAGUCAAGAAUGGAUCCAAUCUGAAGAAAAUGUCAGGCAUGUCCAAAAGUCUGGAGUCAGUCCUUGGAGACAACAGUGGAGACAAUGCCGCUCACCCCGGCCACCGUAGAGCCUUGCCGAACCAAAUCCCCCUAGACCCCCGCAGGUUUAGUGACGCUGUUGUCUUCACACCUCCACCCCCACGCCCACCACCCCCCAUGCUCAAACGCUUCAAACCCCAAAUGAUGAUUCAUGACCGUAGACAAGCAAACCCCGGUGCCUGGGCCCCUCCAACUCAUCACUUACAGCUACAGUUCCAACACCAACCUCAGCAGCAGUGUUUUGGGAGCAACAAUCUUACCCGGAUGAGCCAACUGGCCAAAUCGAGCCCUCAGUUAGAUGAUGACGUGAAUAAAGAGAAGGAGCGGUAUAAGGAAAAAGAUCGAGAUAAGGGACCGGAAAGGUACCCACCACAAGUGAAUAAGGAGGCACUCAUAGCACAGGUUCAGGAGGCGGUACAUGGAGUGACCAGUGAAGAGGUUCAGAGGGCAUUGCAUCGCAAUGAAUGGAAUCCUGCGCGGGCAGAGCAACAGCUUAAGACAGACCAGCUGUUUUACAUGAAUCAGUGCUCUCGUGAGGAAUGUCAAAAACUCCUCGCCCGCUACAACUGGGACCUGCAACUGGCAAGCCGUCACAUUAUUAGAGUGAUCAAAGACCGAGAUAGGACCAGAGAGGGAUCAGAAAGACGAUGAGAAAGAGUUUAACAUUCAAUCUCUGAUUUAUAAUUAAAUGAUACUGUUCUUAAUAUCAAUGAAUUCUGUCAACAGGCCACAAAAACGGUUGUAGCUAGUGAAAAAGUAUCGGUAGUGUCUCUACUGUGCACUUCAUGAUUAAAUUAGAGACAUUAAGAGCUGCAUGAGGUUCAGUCUCGGGUACAACAACACUGAAAUAAUGAAAGUAUAUUAAUAGAAGUGUAAUGUAUAACUUGACUUUUUUUAAGAGAAACCAUUAUAGUUGUGACAUUUAAUUAAUUGUUUGUUUUCAGAUCUGUGUAUAAAUAUGUGUAUAUAUAGACUAUUUGUAGCUGUUUAAUAAAGUAAACUUUUUAUAAAA